GUCACCUUGGGAAACAUAAUCCUGCGAGUUGUCAAACAGUCAAGGUGGUCUACGAUACCGGCUUCGAGUUACUACUCUGUUACAAGGUUCACACUGGGUUUAUUGUCUCCUGCUGAACAAGUUUAUUCGUCCCAUCAAUAAUGACUUCGAUCAAGGAAAGGCUGCUGAAAACGGUCGUCGAGCCUGUCUCGGGGGGAAAAAACAAAAUCACCAUCGUUGGUGUAGGUCAGGUCGGCAUGGCCUGCGCCUUCAGCAUCCUGACAAACAACGUGUCGAGCGAUGUGGUGCUGAUCGACGUGAUGGCCGACAAGCUUAAGGGCGAGAUGAUGGAUCUUCAACACGGCAGUGCAUUCCUAAAAAAUGCAAGGAUCAACGCGAGCACGGACUAUGCGGCGACGGCGAAUUCGACGAUAUGCAUCGUGACCGCAGGAGCCCGUCAGCGUGAAGGAGAGACGCGGCUGAACCUGGUCCAAAGAAACACAGACAUAUUCAAAGGCAUAAUUCCUCAGCUUGUGAAGUACAGCCCGGAAACAACUCUCCUGAUCGUUUCUAAUCCGGUCGACAUCCUGACUUACGUCGCUUGGAAACUAUCGGGACUGCCCAAGAACCGCGUCAUCGGAAGCGGCACGAACCUCGACUCAGCUCGCUUCCGUUUCCUCCUCUCCCAGAGGCUCGAGAUCGCUCCAACAUCCUGCCACGGAUGGGUUAUCGGAGAACAUGGUGAUACAAGUGUUCCCGUAUGGUCAGGGGUAAACAUCGCCGGAGUGCGUCUUCGCGAUCUGAACGAGAAAGUUGGUACCGCUCAGGACCCAGAGAACUGGGGCGAAAUCCACCAGCAGGUGGUUAGCAGUGCGUACGAGGUGAUCAAGCUGAAGGGGUACACUUCCUGGGCGAUUGGUCUGAGCAUUUCAAAUCUGGCGCAGUCGAUUCUGCGCAAUAUGAGCUCCGUCCACGCGGUUUCAACUCUCGUAAACGGAAUCCACGGCAUCACCGAGGACGUCUUCCUGUCCCUUCCUUGCAUCCUUGGCGAGAACGGAGUAUCCGGAGUCGUCCUGCAGCAGCUUACGGACACGGAGCGAGAACUUUUGCAAAAUUCCGCACGGAAGAUGCACGAGGUUCAAUCCGAUCUCAAGUUCUAAGUUUUCAAUUCCUAAUAUCUUUUUGCUCCCUAAUAUGUGUAUUUUGCUAUACUGCGCACAAAGUUUAUAGCAUUUAAUCAUUCAUCAUAUAACUCGCCAUUUUUUUCUCUCUACGUGUUCUUCUACGU